AUGGAUAAUAUGGAGAACAUGAAGCUUGAGGAUCCGGAAGCGGCCCAUCAUUUCAUGUUGAAGCAUCCGCUCGACAUAACUUUCAACCACUUGGCGCCCUAUAAGACCAAAGCCCCUUUUCUGGUUGCUGAUACCAUCAUACAUCGCUCGCAUUUUGGCCAUGCCACAGCAAACUCGACCAUCCCAGCCCCGAACAAAACAUCGUACUUGAAUGGCCUUCGCGGCAUCGCAUCACUCAUCGUUGCCCUUCAGCAUACGAUAGACGGAAAUUACCCGCUUAUCCAUCGCGCAUGGGGCGAUGGCGAAGAAAGUGUCUACGUAGUCCAGCUCCCAUUCAUUCGCCUCAUACAUAGCGGAGUAUUUAUGGUGUCGAUCUUUUUCGUUAUCAGUGGAUUUGCUCUUGCAUACGGGCCCCUAAGCAAGUCUUACGCACUACAGACCGUUCAAGGCGCACAAGGAGCCAACCGCAUCAGCUCUUUUCCAUCUAGCAUAUUCCGACGUCCGUUCCGGCUCUUUCUCCCGACCAUACCUAUCAUCGCGGUCUCGACCGCCUUGGUUCCCUUCGGCGCAUUUUACGCCCUCAAUAGCACCGAAGCUAUGGAACCUGUCGCCGUCGGAUUCUGGGGCCACGUAUACUACGUUUGGACAACACUGAUAACCAUCAUCACCUCUGGCUCGGCCAACACUCCUGUAUGGCCUUCAUUAAUUAGAAUGACGCCUAUGGUGCGAUUGCCAGCCACCUUCCUACUGCUCAUCUACUCCUUCAACCUUCAGAGAAUGGCGAACUGUCUGUUCAUCUCAGACAUGUUCAUUGCAGAUUUCCGAUACUUCCGGGCAAAUCUCCCAGAGUUACCAAGAAUGGUACAACAACAACAACAACAAAUCACAUCGUGGCUGCUGCUUGUGCCCAUUAUCUUCUUGGGGUGCUGGCCGAUGCAUGGCGACGCCACUCAAGCCCCAAUGCAUUUGUGGUUUAUUGGAUUCAACACUUUCGGGUUCGGAGUGCAAUCAUUCUUCCAAGGCACAUGUGCUGUAGCUCUGGCCCUAGUAUUGGAGAACCUACCUGUCUUACAACGUGUUCUUAAUACAAAGCCAGUAUUGUACCUGGGAGAAGUUAGUUUCAGUUUCUAUUUGGUUCAUUGGGGCUGUGGUAAGAACUUCCUCAGUUAUGGUCUGAAGCUUAAGAUGCUGGCAGCCGGGUAUAGCUUGAUUGUUUCGUGGAGCACAUGUUUUGUCAUCGCCAUGCUAUCGAUUAUGUUGCUCGGAGAUCUUCAUUGGCGUCUCGUUGAUCAGAAGUCAGUGCAAUUCUCGCAUUGACUAGCCAGGAGACUUGGGGUAUCGUAGACUCA